CGUCACCUGUUUCCUCAUCCGGGACUCGGGAAACAAUUCAGAAGUUUCAGCGAAAUAUUUGUCUAAAUUCUUUCUAUAACUUCGUGUGACUGUAAUUCAUAACUCGUGAUUAUGUAUGACUCGUGACUCAUUCGUGUGAUUGAUUGUAGACGUAUUAUAGGGUCGAAACAGGUGAUUUAUUCAUUAAGACUGACUGGUGACUCGUUAAUGUGACUGAGUGCCUGACUGACUGACACUUAACACCCGCCUCGCUGACUGAAAUUAAGGGCGGGGUUUUAGUCAUGGCGUCUCAGUGGAAUGUUUACGAGAGUUUCCAGGCUCUGUUGCAGGCUGGGCCAUACCACCUGGCUCUAGAGGGAGUGCUGGUGCUCUGCAUUAUAUGGCUCUUCACCGCCAAGAAGCAGCCCUCAAAGCUCGUGCGGCUGACCAAAAAGGAGGAGGAAGAGCUCAUCGCUGAGUGGAUGCCGGAGCCACUUGUGCCAAACCCUCCGCCCGAAGACCACCCGGCACUGCACACUCGCACUGUCUAUGGAAAGGCUGGAAAGUAUUUAGACCUAGGAAAGGGAGAGAAGUUACUGAACUUGGGUACACACAAUUACCUGAACUUUGGAGAGCGUCCUGAGAUUGAGAAAGCGGCACUUGAAUGUCUCCACACCUAUGGGGUUGGGUCUUGUGGGCCCCGUGGCUUCUAUGGUACCACGAAGGUCCAUCUUGAGCUGGAAGAAAGACUGGCAGAGUACUUCAAUUGUGAAAUGGCAGUCCUCUACUCAUACGGCUUCUCAACAAGUGCAUCUGCUAUCCCUGCUUAUUCAAAGAGCGGUGACAUUAUAUAUGCGGAUGAGAUGGUGAACUUCAUUCUUCAGAGGGGCUUACAGGCCAGCAGGAGUCGCAUUGUAUACUUCCGCCACAAUGACAUAAAUCACCUGGAGGAACUUCUCGAAGAGCAAGCCAAGCAAGAUAAGAAGGAUCCCAGGAAGGCAAAUGCAACACGCAAGUUUCUGGUAGUGGAAGGCAUUUACAUGAACUCAGGUUUGAUGUGUCCCCUUCCCGAGCUGGUUAAGCUGCGUCAGAAGUACAAGCUGCGCCUCUUUAUUGAUGAGUCGAUCACCUUUGGAACCCUGGGGAAGAACUGCCGAGGAGUCACCGACCACUUUGAUGUUCCGAUGAAGGAAGUAGACAUGAUCAUGGCCAGCUUGGAGACCUCUGCAGCUAGCACUGGAGGAUUCUGCGUGGGGACCAAGUUUGUGAUUGACCACCAGAGGUUGUCAGGUCUUGGUUAUUGUUUUUCGGCUUCUCUGCCACCAAUGUUGGCAGCCACUUCCAUCAAGGUUGUAGACAUCCUGGAGAAAGAAGGGGGUGACCUUGUUGCAGAGUUGCAGGACAAGUGUCGGCUGAUGCACAACAAACUCAAGGACCUUCCCUCUAAGGUGACAGUCACUGGAGAAGACAUCAGCCCAGUAAAACACCUUCGGCUUGUUGAGACCAGUGAAAGGGAGGUGGAAGAACAGAUUCUCAGAGACAUUGCAGAGAAGGCCGAAAACUAUGGUGUUGCACUGACAGUGUCCUCUUACCUAUGGGACAAGGAGGCCAAUCCCCCCAAACCUUCCAUCCGUAUCACAGUGAACAAGGACCUCACAGAAGAUGAGGUGGAUAAGGCCUUGGAUGCCAUAACGAAGGCAGUGAAUGACAUCCUUGGGUAGAAGGGGCAUGAGGAAAAGGCAGUGUUUUCUUUUUGUUCUUCUCUUUUUUUGUUGUUGUUGUUUUUGUCACUGUUUGAUUGUUUUGAUCCCAAGAUAGAGUGUGUUAUGUUAGGCUUGGAUGCUGCUGCAUGUUGGCUUUGGAAGAGGAAGAGUGAUGUUGGCUCGGGCACAGACAAGGAGAGAUUACCAUAAGGAAGUAUGCUAAGAUUCUCCUGAAAGUCAUUCUGUUGUUAUGUAGUUAUAUAAUAUCGAUAGGUUAUGGAACGUUUAGGAAAAACGCUAGAAUUUGUAACCUUCCUGAUUUGAAAAGAGGAUUUCUAUCAAGAGCAAGAAGGGAUAGAUGAUGUUUAACAAACUACUUAAUAAAAAUGGAAAGAAGCAUAUAACUCCUUGUGAGUGGAAUUUGUUUGCACAAAAAAUACUUGUGAUUUAUGAUUGGAAGUAAUUGGAUUGACCGGUACAUGAUAUCUCUUACAGUGAGAGCUUGAUUCUUAGAAAAGACACAGUAACCAAAGUCUAGUAUUAUAUGUUUUAAGGUUGCAGUAUUUGUACAAUAACACAUUUGUCAAGAUUGUAACAAGAAUUAUAUAUUGUUGCUACUUGUUUUUCUUAUUUUUUGCCAUUAAAAAUGAUCUUAUUUCUUUGCAAUAUUUGUCAGUUUAUGAACACAAACCAAGCUGAAUAGAGGACAUGAUAGAUCAUGUGUAAUUAGUUCUGGUUGACUUGAAUAUUUUUUUUUUCUUUUCUUUUUUAUCUUUCUUUCUUUCUUAAGUGAUGAUUGAAGAUGGAACAUAACAAGGUAAAUGCCAAAGAAUUCUGUAGCAGGAUAUAUGUAUCAUACAUUACUCCUUUCAUGAUAAAAUAAACUUAUAAAGACUAGUGGCUGUGCUAUUACCUAUUGGUAGCUUAUUUGUGACAUUUACUUAAACACACACAAAGUUGUGUUAAUUAAUGUCAGUAAUAUAUAUAGCUUGCUUAUAUAAUUGUAUAAUAAACCUAUUUGACUCACUUCAUAGGUUAUUUUGAGGUCUGCCUGAUUUACACAUACUGUAUGCAAGUUUUGCUUCAUAUUUAACAAAUAGAAUUAGUGAUAUUAAAAGCACAAGAUUACUUGAGGUACGGCUUUUCAUUUCUAACUAUAACAAUAUUUUGCUCUUUAUUUAACAAAUAUCAUUAAUGAUGCUUGAAGUUAAAAAAAAGGUUUAGUACUCUUACAAGAUACUGUAUUUUUCCAUUCAUCUGCAAGUCAGUUGAGCCAGUUGAGUACCUGCAUCUAAGAUUGAUUAGCCUUUUAUUGAUUGUAUUGGAAGAAAAGUGUAUUUGUUUUUGUCUUAAUUCUGGAGAUGCAUUGAAAGUUUCAACAUUCCUUGCUUAGGCAUUUUUAUAAUGGUCAUUGCCUUAUUGAUUUUAUGUCAUUUGUUCCUUUGUUACUCAGUUUAUGAUAUGGUCAUUUAGUUUGUAAGAGAUGAUGACUAGUGGACUUGAAGUUCAGCCAGAAAGGAAGUUUAUUAAUACAAUUAAAUUUAAUAUAUAUAUAUAUUUUUUUUUCAUUAUUCAUUCUCUCAUCAUAUAUAAUUCAGUUUUGUAGUUUCAACACCUCUGAUAGACAUUCAAUUCACUUAGCAGGGGAAAAUGAUUUGGUUUGUGAAAUUUAAUAGGCCUGAUUAUUUGCAUGUUGAUGUUAUUUGUGCACUUCGUUUCCACUUUCACUUGUAGAACUUUGCACUAUGUAAAAGGCAAAUUAAUAGCUGUCAUUUUAGGCCUUUCUUUGAUAUUUGUGCACGUAAAUAUUCAACAUAUCACGGGAAUGAAUUUUAUGCACAGAGAGGUGCCAGUUUAUUAGAAAGCGGUAAGAUAAGGAGUAAAUGUUAGUAUUCUUUCACUCCUAAUAAACCAGGUCUUUCCAUUAUGGAAUUUUAUUUAUACACAGGCAUGCAUAUCGGUAAUGAGAACACAUUUUCCUUCCAUAGUUUAAGGAGGAAUAUAGAGAGAAGUGAUAUUUGUGUAUGGAAAUUUGAAGUUAUACCUUGAAUGCCAUUUUGACUCUCAGGUGUCAAGUCUUUUUCAUAUUCAGUUUAAAAAUUGUGAAAAGUAGUGAAUGGUCAUGAGUAGGUGAACAGAGACAUUGUUUUUCAUUAACAAAGUGUAUGUUGUUAAAGAAAGACAGUGAUGUUUGCUUGCAUCAGAUUUGUCAAUAAUUAGAUUAGGAGGACCCCAUUUUGUUUUGUCUGUUUUUUUUUUGUUAAGUGUUUGCCAAAUUUAUUUAAGUAAAUUUUCUUUGUGUUUUAUAUUUUUUUCUUUUCUUAUUUCUACCUUUUUUCAACCAUGGAAUCAUUGUACCUGAGUAAUGGUUCAAGGUUAGUGUAUUUGUCUGGCAUUUAUCUCAUAAAAGAUGUGCUCUUUUCAUCGAGUCACAAUACUCAAACACAUUCAACUUAGUUCUCAAGUUAUAUCACAGCUGUAGAUUCUGAGUCUGUUUAAAAAAUGAAUACAUUUAAGGGUAUUGACAUAUAUUCUUUUUUGGUUUUAUUAGUUAUAUAUUUUAGAAAGUUGAAGAAUUGGUCUUAUUAUAUAUAUAUAUAUAUAUAGCGUCCAGUAUUUUACAGAAAUGACAAAGCCAAGAGGAUUCCCACUUCUGGAAAUGAAAUUGAAAUCGGUAUUGUUAUUAUCAUCUUUUUUAGUGGUGCCUUCUUAGAUAAUUAGAGGAAUAUCAGGGUAUUUUGCUGGGUAUGAAAGUAGGAAUGGAAACUAAUAUGCUUAUGAAAAAAAAAGGUUAUCUAGUUAUGUAAUUGUAAUACUGAAAGCUAGUUCCUAUGUACAAGAAGUAUGCAUUGUCUUUUAAUGUAUUUAUAUAAAUGUAUUUUAAUUAAAAGGAAGUCAUCAAUCAUACAAUCCUUAAACUUUCUCUUAAUGGCCGUCUUGAAAACCGUAUGGUACUAUUAGGUUGUAAGCUUGGCAUUUACAUUUACGUGAUCUGAUAUGAUAGAUCCUAUGUGUUAUUAUUGACUAAUUACACCUUGUUUCAUAGCAGGAAGUGUAUUAUGAAUCCAGUUUACAUCUUAUUACAUUAGUCUUAUAGAUUUCUCUUUUCUUGGGUACAAUAUGUAAUCAUACCUGAAGUGUUUAGAACUAAAAGGCGAAUCCACCCAGAAUUUGUUUGAUGUAAGUUGUAAAGUUUAAUUACCAGUAAAAUACUUACGAUGUG